CAAAGGUCUAAAUGGGUUACUCCAUCGAAUUCACAUAUAUAUAUAUGCAUGUAUAUUGGUUGAAAUUUUGACUAAUCAUUACUAUACGGCGAAAUGAGAGCUCUGCUUUUAGUCAGCCUGUUAACUGCUUUAACACUUGGACAACAACACUUGGAUAAAGAGUUAGAAGAAAUUUGGCGACAAUGGAAACUGAAAUAUAACAAAGUCUAUUCAACUGCUGAAGAGGAAGUUAAACGUCAAGCUAAUUUCAUGAAACGUGUUGCAAAAAUUCAACAGCACAAUCUGCGAUAUGAUUUAGGCUUAGAAGGAUAUACAAUGGGAUUAAAUGAAUUCUGUGACAAGGAAUGGGAAGAAAUUAAGGCUGUAAUGUUUCCAAAAACUCUUGGGAAUAAUCCUCUAUGGAAUGAUAAAGAAGAAUUGGAAUUUUCAAAUAAACCAUUACCAUCGAAAUGGGAUUGGCGAGAUCAUGGGGUAGUUACAUCAGUUAAAGAUCAGGGUCGUUGUGGAUCAUGUUGGGCAUUUUCAGCUUGUGGAGCAAUAGAAGGUCAAUUGACUAAAAAGCAUAAGAAGUUGACAAGCCUAUCAGAACAACAGUUGGUUGAUUGUAGUCGGGGUUUCGGGAACGAUGGAUGUGAUGGUGGUCUGAUGGAUCUAGCAUAUAUGUAUGCAGAGAAAUAUGGCCUUGAGUCAGAGAAAGACUACAAAUAUAAAGGAGUGGAGGAUAGAUGUCACUAUCGCAAAUCGAAGUCAGUUGUAAAAGUGAAGAAAUUUGUUGACUUGCCGUCUGGAAAUGAAAAGACACUACAGAGAGCUCUAUAUGAACAUGGACCGAUUUCAGUUGCUAUUGACGCAACGGAUGAUCUUUUAAUGUACUCGAGUGGAGUUUAUGAAUCAAAAGAAUGUUCACCAUAUUUAGUUAAUCAUGGUGUGCUAGUAGUUGGUUAUGGUACGGAACACGGCAGAGAUUACUGGCUAAUUAAGAAUAGUUGGAGUGCUAAAUGGGGCGCAAAAGGUUACUUUAAACUGAGAAGAAACAAGAGAAAUAUGUGCGGUGUUGCAUCGAAUGCCAGUUAUCCAAUUCUGUAAUUGGCCUAUGAAAUAUAAUUUGAAAUUUUAAAAUAAAGUAGAAUUUUAUGUUUUGGCAUU